UGACUGACUGGUCAAGGCCGGGAGAUGUCGACCCCCCCUCUGGCCGGGGCGGGGAUGCCGCCGGGCGCUUUCUCCGGGACGCAGGCUCAGGCUGCCAGGGAGGUGAACACGGCUUCCCUCUGCCGCAUCGGCCAGGAGACCGUGCAGGACAUUGUCUUUCGAACCAUGGAAAUCUUCCAGUUACUGAGGAACAUGCAGUUACCAAACGGUGUUACUUAUCAUACUGCAACAUAUCAAGACAGACUGGCAAAGCUGCAGGAACAUCUCCGUCAGCUAUCAAUACUCUUCAGAAAACUGAGAUUAGUCUAUGACAAAUGUAAUGAAAACUGUGCUGGACUCGAUCCUGUUCCCAUAGAACAACUUAUUCCCUAUGUUGAAGAAGAUGGCUCCAAGCAUGAUGAUCGUGGUGCUGCAAGUCAGCUUCGUUUUGCCAGUGAAGAGAGAAGGGAAAUCAUGGAAGUAAAUAAGAAACUGAAACAGAAGAAUCAGCAGCUGAAGCAGAUCAUGGAUCAGUUACGAAAUCUUAUUUGGGACAUAAAUGCCAUGUUGGCAAUGAGGAACUGAACAAGGAAAAUCAAACUUUGUAACUGAAGAAAGUACAAAUCUGUUUGGAUAUGCUUAACUUCCUUCUAAGAAGUAACAUGUUUUUCCACAAUUAUAUUGCAGUAAUGUUUGAAAAGUCUUCAAGAUUAAAAUGUUGGGUCGUUUUCUAGUAAUGUGAAUGGUGUUGGGUUUGUUUUUAUAGAAGAUUCAUCCUAUAAGUUUUACCUGUGUGAUUCUGCUGUACAGCCUCAGUAAUUUACAAUAGUAGUUUGGAUUGCUAUGCAGAUAGGGGAUUUUAUAAAUAAAAUGUUUCUGGAUUUUCUUUAUAAUAUUAGUAAAAAUUAUAAAAACAUAUGUUUGUAUGCCAUUCUUCAGUGCAAAUAGCCUCUACAGAGAGACAAAGUUGCAAGACAGUAAAGUUGCUCCAGUAAGCCAGAGGGCUGAAGUGCAAUCAGAUACUGCAAUUCAAUCUGCAGUAUUUCAUAUCUGCAGUGCAGAGCAGAGCAGAACAAUCCCCUGCCCUGCCUGGCUGGCAAUGCUGGGCCUGAUGCCCCCCAGGACAGGGUUGGCCCUCCUGGCUGCCAGGGCACUGCUGACUCAGGUUCAACUUGCCAUUGACCAGGACCUGUAGGUCCCUUUCCACUGCACUGCUCUCCAGCCUCUCAUUCCCCAGUCUAUACAAACAACCAGGGCUGCCCCAUCCCAGGUGUAGAAUCUGACACUUGCCCUCCUUAAACUUCACACAGUUGGAGAUUGCCCAACCCUUUAAUUUGUCGAGGUCUCUGCAGGGCUUUUCUGACCCCAAGGGAGUAGACAGCUCCUCCCAGUUCGGUGUCAUCAACAAAUUUACUUAGUAUUCCUUCCAGUCCUGCCUUGAAGAGCGCAGGGCCAAGGAUGGAGCUCUGUGGAACCCCACUAGUGACAGUCACCAGUGCUCCACUCACUGUAACACUGUGCCCAGCUCAUCAGGCAGUUGCUUACCUAUCAUGUAACUCAGUUACAGCUGUGUGCUGGACAUUUUGUCCAGAAGGCUUCUGGGAGACAGUAUCUAAAAGCUUUGCCGCAGUCCAAAAAGAUUACAUCUGCUGGCUUUCCUAGAUCAGCUAGGUGGGUUACCCUCUUGUAGAAGAAAAUCAGGUUCAACAAGCAGAACUUCCCUCUCAGGAAGCCAUGCUGGUACUGAACAACUGUGACCAGUGAUGCAUUUCUGUAGCAUUAUGUAUGGUUGGAAUACUUCGGUUUUGUUUACCAGAAUGCUAAAUAAAGACCUCAAUAAUAUUUUCCCUAUGACUAUGAGUCCUAGUAAACUUUGGAGUAUAUGAGCAGUUUAUUAUUUUGAGUUAAUCAUAAACCUUCAUCUUUCUUUGUUCUAACUUUGUUACUCCUCACAAGUUUCUUUUGCCCUGAAAAUAAUCUUACAAAUUUUUGUUAUCCACAGAUGCUGCCAGUGUACUGUGUGUCUCUCCAGAUUAAAAAACACAUAAAAACAAUAGUUUCAAUAUAAAUCCAUAGGGUACUUUACUCUUAGUAUUUGUCAGGUUGAAAACUAACCAUCCUCAUGAUUUGCUUCUUGUCUACCAUUUGUAACUCUUAUUCCAUGCCCAGUCAGACUCCAUAGUAGUGUGUGAAAGACUUGUUCAGAAUCUCCUAAAGUGUCCAGUUAAAUGGUAGCCUUUUAAAAGCUAACUUUUCUACAGUCUGUUGGUUUGAUACUGAAUACUUACUGAUUUGAGAUUCACUGAUUUUCAUAGUCAUAGAAUGGUUUCUGUUAGAAGGGACUCUGAACACCAUCUUGUUCCAACACCUCUGCCACAGACAGGGUUGCUCAGAGCCCCCUCCAGCCUCAUCUUGACCACUGCCAUGGAUGGGACAUCUGCAGCUUCUCUGGCCAACCUGUUCCGGUGUCUUACCACCCUCACAGCUGUUUUGUUGUUCUGUCAGUCUCUUUAAUUCUGUUUUUUAAUAAUUUCAACCCAUUUGUCUACUCCUUGAGGUAAAAAUCACUGGUAACAGGUCUGAUCACACCUGGUUAACAAUAUGUGACUUUUCCCUGAAAAUAGGUACAAUAUAGUUGUCUUUUGUUUCUUUUUUAAAGGCUGUAAAUAUUGACAGAUGAAUGGAUGUCCAGUCUUGUAGUUGAAAAUAAAGUGUUAGAAAACAUUGAUUUUGAUUAGUUUACCUGGUGUUGAAAGUGGUCUCUAUGUAUGACAAUACCCAGAUGUGAGUAGAUGUCAAAACAUCUACAAAUCUUAACAAAUAAUAUUUUCUCCCAUGUUGCAAAUGCAAGAGUAGAUAUCUUACUCUGUGGCAAAGGCUGCAGCAGAAUUGUUUGUUCCCUGUUUAGAUUCACCACUAUGGCAGAUUUGCUGGUCAGAAAUAAUCGUUUUUUCUGCAGCUAUGAGAGUCAUAACUGUUUUGUAUGCAAACAUUUUGAAAAAGAGAUAACUGCAAAUAGAGAUUUUACUUUGUUGUUGGUUUAAAAUGCAAAUGCAUUUUUAAUUUGCAAGCUGUAGUGGCAGUUUUCUGUUUAGUGCAUGCAUAAGCAUGCAAGUAGCAUAGAAGAAGUAUUUGAAGUGGAUUUUGAAAUGGCACCAUCAUCUUAAUUAUGAGUGUAAAAUUCUCAGUUCUUCAUAUUUUUGUUCUAUUUUUGGAACAAUUAUGGAAAAUGGAGAUUAGUCUAGACUUCACUGUACUGCUUGUAUGGCAUCUAGGUCUUCUUACUAAAUGUGUUUAAAGUUUGGUGACUUUUUUAUUACACACAAACAGUACAGAAGUAAGCUAAAAUGUGAAUAAGAGUGCAGCUAUUGCAAGUAGAUGUCUUGGUGAUAAAAUAUUUGGUUUUCUCUGUGCAGCUGCUACAGUAGCCAAGGUCUGUACUACAGUUUUUCAUCUGGGAAGGAGGAGAAACACUUCAAACCACUACCAGAAUAGAUGGGCAGUAGCUAAAUUGCAAAGUGCAGAAAUAGACAGAAUUGUAAAUUAUCACGGUAAAUACUGUCAAAGCAGGACUGUGUAAGGUGUUGGACCAAAACCAUACACUUUGAGUUACACAGAUGAAAGUAAGGGUAGUGAACAUAAUUCAAAUGCUAUCAGAUCCACAAAUAAAUAUAGGACUUGGCCAAGAAGACGACAGUUUCAAGAAAAGUGGUGAUUCCUCAGCUGUGAAACACUUGAAUGAAUUACUGGGCAUCAACAUGUGCUGAAAUUUAAUAUUUUAUUCAUGCUAACUGAACUUUAACUGCUGGUUAAUGAAAUUACACCAGAUGAAGUAUUUACAAAUACCAGUAAAGCAAUACCAACACAGAU